AUGGCUUCUCCCGAGGAUACGUACCGCUUUAGGAGCAAUUCCAAACACAGUUCCCGUAACUCCCCGAACUCUGACCUUGCAGCCCAAGUUGAGGGUCAAAGUGAUAAGACCGAGGAUGCCAACAUUGUGGUCAAGAGAAAGAGUGCUACACUGCACGACCAGAGUUCUCCAACCGUCUAUGGGGAGGGUAUCCAGGGCCUCCCGGGAAAACUGAUGGCAGAAGGCGACGAAGGCACUAGUGUAAAACCCAGCCCAAGAGAGCAUCUCAACCCGGGCCAAAGACCUGCCAGGGUCGUCACCUUCUCUGCUCCUCAGAACAAGCAGCUGGUAGCCCCCGAGGUUAGAGUGAAGGAAAAGAUAGCGAUAGAGGUCAACAGCUCUGGUAACAGGCGGGUGAUUAUUGAUCCGCUGGAGAAAACCUGUCAGAAGCCACCUAGCGACCAAAGGGUGGUCAUUUUUGAAAAAGGCUCUCCACCCCUAACAUUUCUAGACAAAUGUGACCCUUACUCAGAAAUGCAAAAGUAUCAAGAAAGGGAGGCCAUGGCUGAGCACCCCUACUCAGCAAGUUACCUGCCUGGUAUGGAAGAGCUAUCUGCAUUGGAAUUCCCUCAGGAGGAGCCAAUCUCCCUGGGUCUCUCAUUAGUUCCCAAGCCUUCACCCUUCCCCGCUGACUGUGUCCUGGACCAGUCUUAUUUGUACAGGGAUCCCUGGCAGGCCUACACCAGCUACUGGAGCAGUAGCCCCCAGCCUUCCUACUAUCCUUCCGUGGGCCCCGGCAGUGACGGCACAUCCCAGGCUGGGAGGGGCAGCCACAGCUUCUUUAGCAGUUAUUCCUCCAGCUCAGAAAUGUACUUCCAAAACUGGCCCAGAGACUGGAACGCAUUAGAGGAAGGUUGGUCCCAGAACUUUCACUCCUAUCAGUUCCCUAGAAGUCUAGAAGCCCAGGAGCCAACCGUCCAAGAGGAGACCGUGUCAUCAUAUCCUUUUGGAGGGUACACGUCUCCCUUCUGGCCGAGGAGCCACUGGAGUCGAGGCCUCGAUCAGGGUUUCAUUGAUACCCACUGUCACUUGGACAUUCUGUACUCCAAGCUGUCUUUCAAAGGGACCUUUAGCAAGUUCACAGAAAUGUAUAACUACUCCUUCCCUAAGGAGUUCCAGGGCUGCAUCUCCGAUUUCUGUGAUCCUCGCGCACUAAGGGAUGGCCUGUGGGAAGAGCUGCUGAAAGAUGAUCUGGUUUGGGGGGCCUUCGGCUGUCACCCCCAUUUUGCACGUUACUACAAUGACACUCAAGAAAGAAAGCUGCUGCAGGCCCUACGGCACCCCAAGGCCAUAGCGUUUGGAGAAAUGGGCUUGGAUUACUCUUACAAGUGCACCACACCUGUCCCACAGCAGCACAAAGUGUUCGAGAGACAGCUGCAGUUGGCCGUGUCCCUGAAGAAGCCCUUGGUGAUCCACUGCCGAGAAGCUGACGAAGAUCUGCUGGGGAUCUUGAAAAGAAGGGUGCCCCCUGACUACAAGAUCCACAGGCACUGCUUCACGGGCGAAUACUCCGUCCUCGAGCCCCUCCUGAAGUAUUUUCCCAACAUGUCUGUGGGGUUCACAGCGGUCCUGACCUACUCCUCCGCCUGGGAGACCCGGGAUGCUCUGAGAAUGAUCCCGCUAGACAGAAUCGUCGUGGAAACCGAUGCGCCCUACUUCCUGCCUCGUGGGGUUCCCAAAAGCGUUUGCCAGUAUACCCACCCGGGCCUGGCCCUAUAUACGGUUCGCGAGAUUGCCAGAAUCAAAGGUCAGCCGCUCGCCCGCACCCUGGCCAUCUUGCGUGAGAACACUAACUACCUCUACAAUCUUUAA